AUAUCUUUAGGAUCCAAGACCCGGGCCAUUGGGAAUGCAGCAAAGAGCCAGAUUGUCACAAAUGUAAAAAAUACAGUACAUGGUUUCAAAAAACUGCAUGGAAGAGCUUUUGAAGAUCCUUACAUACAAGCUGAAAGGGCCAAACUUCCCUAUGAACUUCAGAAGAUGCCAAAUGGCUCCAUAGGAGUAAAGGUGAGAUACCUAGAUGAAGAGAGACUGUUUGCAAUUGAACAGAUUACAGGAAUGUUAUUGGCCAAACUUAAAGAGACUUCAGAAAGUGCUUUGAAGAAACCAGUGGCAGACUGCGUGAUUUCAGUACCCAGUUUCUUCACUGAUGCUGAGAGAAGGUCUGUAAUGGCAGCUGCACAGAUCGCGGGAUUAAAUUGUCUGAAGCUGAUGAAUGAAACUACAGCAGUUGCAUUAGCCUAUGGAAUAUACAAGCAAGAUCUGCCGGCCUUGGAAGAGAAGCCAAGAAAUGUGGUCUUUGUAGAUAUGGGGCAUUCUGCGUAUCAGGUCUCAAUCUGUGCUUUUAACAAGGGAAAACUGAAGGUCUUGGCUACUACCUUUGACCCUUUUGUAGGUGGUAGGAAUUUUGAUGAGGCUUUGGUAGAUUACUUCUCUGAAGAAUUUAGAACGAAAUACAAACUGAAUGUAAAAGAGAAUCCCCGAGCGCUGCUACGAUUGUAUCAGGAAUGUGAAAAGCUAAAGAAGCUUAUGAGUGCAAAUGCUUCUGACCUUCCACUCAAUAUUGAGUGCUUCAUGAAUGACCUUGACGUCUCCAGUAAGAUGAACAGAGCUCAGUUUGAGCAAUUGUGUGCAGCCCUUCUGUCCAGAGUGGAACCUCCUCUAAGAGCAGCCAUGGAUCAAGCUAAACUUCAGCGUGAAGAUAUCUACAGUAUAGAAAUAGUAGGUGGGGCUACUAGAAUUCCAGCAGUGAAGGAACAGAUCUCUAACUUUUUCUGUAAAGAGAUAAGCACCACGCUAAAUGCUGAUGAAGCUGUUGCAAGAGGCUGUGCCUUGCAGUGUGCAAUUCUUUCCCCAGCUUUUAAAGUGCGUGAAUUUUCUAUCACAGAUGUUGUUCCUUAUUCUGUAACGUUAAGAUGGAAAUCAUCUUAUGAAGAAGGAACAGGGGAGUGUGAAGUCUUCAGUAAGAACCAUGCGGCUCCAUUCUCAAAAGUAAUUACUUUUCACAAGAAAGAGCCUUUUGACCUGGAAGCUUACUAUACCCAUCCGCAUGAAGUGCCUUAUCCUGAUUCCAGAAUAGGGCGUUUCACUAUUCAAAAUGUUGGUCCCCAACACGAUGGCGACAAUUCCAAAGUGAAGGUUAAAGUGCGCGUCAAUAUUCACGGCCUUUUCAGCGUGGCAAAUGCUUCUAUAAUAGAGAAGCAGAAUGUAGAGGGAGAUCACAAUGACAUGCCUAUGGACACUGAAUCAUCAAGUAAGAACCAAGGCAGAGAUGAUGAGCUGCAAUUACCUUUCAUUAUUGAGGAUGAUACCCUCGACUCUGAGGAGGAGGAUAAAAUGCAGGUUGAUCAAGAUGAAGGUAUUCAGAAAAGCCAAGCCGAACAACAGAACCAAGCAGAUGAGGAAACUGAAAAUGCAGGAACCGAAACCAAAGCUGCUUCUGGAGACAAGCAAGAUCAUCCAGCCCAGCCGAAGGCUAAAGCAAAAGUUAAGAGUAUUGACCUACCUAUACAGGCUAGCCUCUAUAGACAACUGGGACAAGAUCUUAUCAACUGCUAUAUAGAAAAUGAGGGGAAGAUGAUGAUGCAAGACAAGCUUGAGAAAGAAAGAAAUGAUGCUAAGAAUGCAGUGGAAGAAUAUGUGUAUGACUUCAGAGACAAACUGUGUGGAGUCUUUGAGAAAUUCAUCACUGAAGAAGAUUCUAACAAGCUGGCCCUGAUGUUGGAGGACACAGAAAACUGGCUUUAUGAAGACGGAGAGGACCAGCCAAAACAAGUAUACAUGGAUAAGCUCCAGGAAUUAAGAAAAUUUGGACAGCCUAUUCAGGAAAGAUACAUGGAACACGAAGAGAGACCAAAAGUUUUAAAUGAACUGGGAAAGAAGAUUCAGCUCCUUAUGAAAGCAGUAGAAGCAUACAAAAAUAAGGAUGAAAAAUACGAUCACCUAGAUCCUGCCGAGAUGGAAAAAGUUGAAAAAUACAUUAAUGAGGCUAUGAAUUGGUUGAACAGCAAAAUGAAUGCCCAGAACAAACUAAGUCUAACUCAGGAUCCAGUUGUCAAAGUGGCAGAAAUACUGACAAAAUCUAAGGAAUUGGAUAGCUUCUGUAAUCCCAUUAUAUACAAGCCCAAACCGAAGAUAGAACCUCCCAAUGAUGGGCAGUCAAAAGCUAAUGGUGAACACAAUGGACCAGUGAACGGACAGAGCGGUACCGAAACGAAACCUGAACCAGCGAAGGACAAUUCUCAGCAGACUAAACCGCCUGGAGAAAUGGAAGUGGACUAAAUCUUGCAUUUCUUUUACUGAAUUAAAAUAGUGCAAGUAACCACAGGGUCCAUUCUUUUUGUCUGGUACACACCUCAGAUGUUCAGUUAUUCUUAGCCAACCUUCUGUCAUUUGUUGCUGAGUAGUUUUGAAAGUGUUUUAUAUUAAGUACACCUCUGAUGUUCGUUUCCACUGAUGCUGCUUAUGUGGAGCUUUAGCCAAAUGUAGAUUGUAUAAGUCAGUUUAAGCUUUCCCAAUAUAUUUUAUAUCAAACAUACAGAAUUGAUAUAUAAAUGGCAACAAUCUACCUUAUUUAAAGCUUUUAUUGUGGAUAAACCUCAGCUCCUUUAUUCAGGAAAGGAUACUGUAUUGCACUACUGAUGCUCAAGUGUAGAUCUAAUUGCAUCUUUAUUUUGGAAAAAAUAUUGGAAUUGAAGUGGCGGAAGUUGUCACUUGAAGCACUGACCUUUUCUAGUUAUUGUAUUGUUAUAAUUUAAAUAUUAAAAUAGAGGUUAGUUGGCAUACUAGUCCAUCGUGUUGAUGUACCAUGAGAACUGUACGGGCUUUUUCAUAUAAACUGAAUAAUACAAGCUUAAACAUUUUUUAGAUUCCCAUCCCAUUAACAACCUUAGUUACCAAAUGCUAGCAUAAUGGCUCUGCCAUGUGCUGAAAUUAAGUGAAUGGUCUCAGUGCACAUCGCUGUACAUAACGUACUGUGCUUACAAUAGGAUGAUGCUAAUGAGAAUAGUACGAAGGGGUAGAAUAUAUGAGGACUGUUGCAUAGCUUUCCCUUGAAAAUGUCUUACUGCACAUGUUGCUAUUUCCACUUUUUUUGUUUCGAAUGAAAUCUACAUCUUGAUCACAUCUUGUGCUGGCGGGGAGAAACAACAGAAAUUGCGCUGUGCGAGCUGGAUGUUAGCACCCUGAUUUAGAGGUUGCUUAAAAGCUAUUUGUUGCAAACUUGAAAGAAAUACUGAGAGCUUACUAAAGCCUUGGUACUCAGCACGUAAACCUUUUGGUCAAGGAGCUAAACAAAAGAGCUUAUAAACUGGAUAUUAUUACCCCAAAGAUGGCAUCUACUUGAUGAACUUG